CCCCGCGACGCGACAUUUUUCAUCUUAUUUCAUUUCCUCUUCAUCUACAGGCCCGAUUUACACUGUCCGAUCUAAAAAACGGCAACACUGCAUGAUCGGAACUCACCAGACUGUAAUCGAACACGAGAGGUUUGAAGCCGAUUGUGGGAUAUUCGACAUCAGGCUCUGAUGCUGCUCAUCUGUGUCUCACACUCAUAGAAGACUCCAAUCCCCCCCAUCCCACCCCAACACACACACACACUCGACAUGUCUGCUAUACAGACAUCAUGGCCGCCCGGCACCGAGUGUGUGGCCAAGUAUAACUUCCAGGGCAGCACAGAGCAGGAUCUGCCCUUCUGUAAAGGAGACUUACUGACCAUCAUCGGUGUAACCAAGGACCCAAACUGGUACAAAGCAAAGAACAUAGUGGGCAGUGAGGGGACCAUCCCUGCAAACUACGUCCAGAAGAGAGAGGGAGUGAAAUCUGGAGGCAAACUGAGUCUCAUGCCGUGGUUUCACGGUAAGAUCACGCGAGAUCAGGCCGAGCGGCUGUUGUAUCCGCCGGAGACGGGUCUGUUUCUGGUGCGCGAGAGCACAAACUUCCCCGGCGACUACACACUGUGUGUGAGCUGUGAGGCCAAGGUGGAACAUUACCGCAUCAUCUAUCACAGCGGAAAACUCUCCAUCGAUGAGGAGGAAUACUUCGACAACCUCAUGCAGCUGGUGGAGCACUACACAAAAGACGCAGACGGUCUGUGCACACGCUUGAUCAGACCCAAACUGAUGGAGGGGACGGUUGCGGCGCAGGACGAGUUCUUCAGGAGUGGAUGGGCUCUGAACAGAAAAGAUCUGAAACUUCUGCAGAGUAUCGGUAAAGGAGAGUUUGGAGAUGUGAUGGUUGGAGAUUACCGCGGCUCAAAAGUGGCUGUGAAGUGCAUCAAACAUGACGCCACAGCUCAGGCGUUCAUCGCUGAAGCUUCAGUCAUGACUCAGAUGAGACACCCUAACCUGGUGCAGUUAUUGGGAGUGAUCGUGGAGGAGAGGGGCAGUCUGUACAUCGUCACAGAAUACAUGGCAAAGGGCAGUCUGGUGGAUUACCUGCGCUCGCGGGGUCGUACCGUGCUUGGGACCGACUGUCUUCUUAAAUUCUCUCUUCACGUGUGUGAGGCGAUGGAGUAUUUGGAGGCCAAUAACUUCGUUCACAGAGAUCUGGCGGCUCGUAACGUCCUGGUGUCCGACGACAACAUCGCAAAAGUGAGUGACUUCGGUUUGACCAAAGAAGCCUCGUCCACACAGGACACGGCCAAACUGCCGGUGAAAUGGACGUCACCGGAGGCUCUGCGUGAGAAGAGGUUUUCCACCAAAUCAGACGUCUGGAGUUUUGGAGUUCUGCUCUGGGAGAUCUUUUCCUUUGGCCGCGUGCCGUACCCAAGAAUCCCGCUGAAGGAGGUUGUGCCGCGGGUGGAGAAGGGAUAUAAGAUGGAUUCUCCUGACGGCUGUCCGGCCGCCGUCUAUGAUCUGAUGAAGCAGUGCUGGACACUGGACGCCGCCGGCCGACCCUCCUUCCUCAUGCUGCGUGAGAAACUGCAGCACAUCAGAACCAACGACCUGUAUCUGUGAGGGGCCGCGGGUGUCCGUCGGAGAGUAAAGAGGACCAGAGAAAAACUGUUGUGUCACACAACCAAACCUCUUACUGCGGAUCAACGUCCUCGAUCACGUGUGUGUGUGUGUGCGUAAGUGUUUGGAGAUGGACACACACUCUUCAUGAAUAUUCAUAUGAGCAGAGGAACACUCUCAUCGUGUGUGUGUGUGUGUGUGUGUGUGUGUGUGUGCGUGCGUGUGUGCGUCUCAUCUAAUUCUCCUCUCUGCUCGUAGCAUCAGUGAGGAUUGCGGGUCUUUUCCUCCUGUGUUUUCUCUUUAUAUUUUUCUAUAUUUUGCAGAAGUGAUUGUCAUGGGAACACGCAGCUCAUAUUUUACCCCAGACUGUUAUCAGUUAAAGCUCUUUUUUAACACCACUGUUGAUUUUUUGUCACUUGCUAGAUCAUAAAAGUAUCAACUAGUGUGAGAGACAGCACAACUAUGUCUAGAUUCUGAAUGUUGUAUGAAUAAAGAGGUGAUGAUGUGUUGAGCAUCAUGUGAUGAGAAUGAUAUGUUUGGCAUUUUAAGUCAUGAGAACUUUUCAUGAUCAAUCCAAAACAGUUUACAGGUGCAAGACACUCACUUUGCUUCAGGCACAAUCUAAUCUCUUUGUUUCUUUUGAUUUUGGGGUAAAUUGUGAGACGUGCACACACAUACACACACAGCUCUUCUUCUCUGCAUCUGUCGUCUUUUGUGUGUGUGUGUGUGUGCAUGUGUGUGUGUCUCUGUGUGUGCAUGCAUGUGCGUCUGUGUGUGUGUGCGCGCUUUGUCAAAGUGCCUGCUGGAGUCGUCAUGCAGUUCCUGUUUGUCUUACAUCACCUCUGCCGUACAAAAUCAAUGUUAAUAUUUUAGUUUUUUAAGGUCAGUCUUUUUUAAUGUUUAUAUUUGUUGACUCGUCAUGUCCAUUGAGACCGUGUGUGUGUUCACUGGCGUCAUGCUUAAGAAAAGCCUUGAGCGGGGAAACACACACAGACACACACACACACACACACACACUCCCGCAGCGCUUCAGAGGGGUCGCUCCAUCAGAACUCUUUACAUGUCGACCUGUUUUAUAUUUCAAGAACUGAAAACAUGAGAAGAGAAACAUGACAGAAUGAUCCAGAGUGUGAUGCAUGUUCAGAGAUUGGAAUAACAUGUCAGUUUAAUGUUCGUUGUUUUCAUAUUCUGCUAUGUUUAUGAAUAAUAAAUCAUUCCAACUGAAGGAGGUGGAGUCAAUACUGGUGGGCGGAGUCUGAUGAUGUGAAAGUGUGGUGUACUGAAGUGUUUCUGCUCUGUUGUGCAUGAAUCAUUUGUGAUCUUUUAUCAUCAUAACUUACUUCUGUUCUCUUACUUCUCGGUCAGUCGUCUGUUCUUCAGCUGUUCAACCAUCUGUCAUAUAGAGACAUUUUUCAACUAACCAUCAAUUCUGAUCUUAAUAAUAAAACCAAACCUGUCA